AUGAAGAGAACAUUCGUGCCCUUUUUUUUGAGAAUAUUAGAUCAAAUUUUCGAGUGGUCGGAAAAAAAUAAUUCAGCAAAACAACGAAUAAUUUAUUUAAUAUUGUUGAAUGUUCUUGAAAUAUGCCUUGGUAUAAUAUAUGCAAUUGAAAAACGUGGAGAAAACUUGUGAAAGUGCGACGCUAGUAUAAACGCAAGAGACAAAACGCUUUGAAGCAAUUUGUGUAUUAGACGGAAGUGCAGUAAAUUUAAUCAGUAGAUGGUGUAUUUAAUUAAAGGAAAUUAAAGUAAUUGAAAUUAGCUAUUUAAAAAAGUCUAACCUACCUCUCCCAGUGAGGAGACUUUAGGUUUAUGAAUAGUUUAAAUAUAUUGAAUCAUCGAUAACAUUAUCAACGUGAGAUAAGCAAAAAUGAAUUUAUCAUUUGCUGGAUGUGGAUUUUUAGGCAUUUAUCAUGUAGGUGUGGCAGUAUGUUUUAAAAAAUAUGCACCACAUCUGUUGUUGGAGAAAAUUGGAGGAGCAUCGGCAGGAGCACUUUCAGCAUGUUGUUUACUUUGCGAUUUGCCCUUGGGUAGCAUGACAUCUGACUUUUUUCGUGUAGUUAACGAAGCCCGGCGUUAUUCUCUCGGACCUUUUAGCCCUUCAUUCAAUAUACAGACCUGUCUAUUUGAGGGUUUACAAAAGCAUUUGCCUGAAGAUGCGCACAAACGUGUUAGUGGGCGUUUGCAUAUCUCCUUAACACGAGUGCAUGAUGGCAAAAAUGUCAUCGUUUCUGAAUUUGAGUCACGGGACGAGCUCUUGCAGGCUCUAUUGUGUGCAUGCUUUAUUCCGGGCUUUUCUGGCAUAUUCCCGCCUCGGUUUCGAGGAGUACGGUAUAUGGAUGGAGCGUUUUCAGACAAUUUACCAAUAUUAGAUGAGAACACAAUAACCGUGAGUCCUUUCUGCGGAGAAAGCGAUAUUUGUCCGCGUGAUCAAAGUUCACAACUUUUCCAUUUGAAUUGGGCUAAUACGAGUAUAGAAAUAUCACGACAGAAUGUUAAUCGCUUUGUUCGUAUACUUUUUCCACCACGUCCAGAAUUUCUUUCGAAAUUCUGUCAGCAGGGUUUUGACGAUGCGAUGCAGUUCCUUAACCGUAAUAAUUUAAUAAACUGUCGCCGUUGUGUGGCAGUACAAUCAACGUUCGUAGUAUCAGAAACCGUGGCACAGCCACAGGACUUUGAUCCUGAGUGUAGAGAAUGUAAAAAGCAUAGAAAUGAUGCUUUAAGCUCAAACAUGCCACAAACUGUAUUGGAUGUAAUUCAGGAUUAUAUAGAGCAAGCUAAUAAAGGACUGGCGAAUUGGAUAUUCAGACAUCGUGGAAUAAAAUUGUUGUCAUUACCUGCAACAGUGCCAUUAGACUUCUUCAUGGCAACAAUGUCAAAGAUAACUACACUCACACCAAAAUUAGGCAAACACAUUCGCGGCAGGAUAGAAAAUAUUUUGAGAAAAUUAAUUGAAACUGCACAAACCCACAUUAUAAGCAAAUUCACAAUCUGUGAACCGCCACACUUUGAUACGACAGGUUUACUACAUUCGAAGCGUCUAUACGGACCACGGGUAUCAAUAUUAGUUGAUGAAUGUGGUGCUCCUUCAAUAGAAGGAGAUGUGGACAACUAUGAACAUGUUCUCAAAGUAACUACCCAUAACGAUGCGCUUUAUGCUUAUUACUAUACCGACGAUCUUACAAAUAAAGUCAAAGUUACGGAAAUCUUUGAAAUUGACGAAGAAGAAAAACUUGCGGUUGAUCCGAAACUAUUCGAAGGCAUUGUUGAAGAUCAUCCAAACCCUCGUCAGCAUCACCAUAAUGUUGUUAGUGAAUGGAACGGAGUAGAGUCUGCCUUUUAUAUUGAUGAAUAUGCGUCCAACCAACGGCCUUUCGAACGAGACAUUAAACGAAAAACUCAUAUAAGCACUGACACUGGAUACCAGAAUGAAGACGAAUAUGCGAUCAUUAACGAAAAUGGCAUUCCCAAAGAAACCGAAUAUGAGGUAUUCAGCGACCCAGAAGUUGAUCACUACUUUGGCAUUAAACAGCAAAGAAAUAAUAGAGAUGAAAAAAGGGACUUCUCCAAUGCUAAUAUAUUUACAUAAUAAAUUUGUGGAAACUCCCUUUUUGGAAACGGAAAAUUUCAAAUCCUAUAAUUUGAAAAUUGGAUCGUUAAUAUAUUUUAAUUUAUCAUAAAUAAUACUGCUAAAUAUAGGAUUUGUAUGUGAUAUUCGUUUUGUAUUUUUAUUUAAUAAUAGGUGAAGGUGCGCACGUACGAGCAACUAUCGGGACCUGAUAAUUUAUAAUUACUUGCGGAUAUUUGACACAAUAUUACCUCGAUGAUUAAUAAUCGAAACAGUUUAACACUUUGCAUUAAUUGCUUUGAAAGUUUACUAUUAUUUUGCUAUUUUGGGGAGACGACCGACCAACAUGAUUUUAAAUAUGAAUGGUUAAGAAAAUGUAAUAGCAGUUAAUAAAUUAGCUUAUUAUCUCAAAUUCGAUGUAUUCAAUCUAGCAAACAUAAGGGCGAUUGCCUAUUGACUAUAUGUAUACUCUUUAUAUUGAGUAUUAAUCUUUCGAUGUUACAUUUGAUCAGAUUAUU